UCCUUCUCCUCGCUCACAACAUUUUCACGACUGCAGAGAGACUGCAGAGACACGCGCGUGGACGUCAGCAUUCGAGACAUUUUUUUCUUUUUGCAUGUCACCAUGCGCUGGCUGCUGGCUGGAUACUGUGGGCUUGCUUUGAUCAGUAUUUCAGUGGCCCUAAAAGACUUCAUUGGAGUGAACCAGAUGCCCCGAUUCUAUGUCAUGAGAGCCAAACGCGAUGUGAUUUUUCAGUGUUGGACCACUAUGGAACACAGAAUGGGCAAAGUGGAGUGGUACAAGUUGGAGGAGUACAACGCUACAACAAAAGCCCAACUGACAAAUGGAAGCAGGAUUGUGUUUCAUACCAACCGUUUCAAGAACACCCAUUUCAAGAACAAGAUACAACUUGGCACUCUCGUCAUACAUAAUGUGCAAACUGAGGACAGAGGCGUGUACUUCUGCAGGAUAAACGGUACAUGGGGACCCGGGACUCACCUUCAGGUUUACAGAGGAUUUAACCCUAAGAAUGCGGCCUACAGGACAAAGAUGAAGGAUGGUCUCAUGAUCCUACAAGCCGUGCUGCUGGCUGUGUUCAUCGGCGCUGUACUGCUACGCAAACGAACGCUGCAGUUGGAAAAGAGCGACAGCAUAUAUGAGGAGCCGGAGACCGAUCACAUUUAUGAGGGUUUGACGAUUGAGACGUGUGGUGGAGGUCUGUAUGAGGAACUCUCUGUGUACGCCCAGGCUGAAGGAACUGAGGCCCCAUGGGAGUGAGACUGAACGACUACACCUCACGAAGUUUGAUGAUUGUAAAAGUCAAAGUUAGAUGUUGUCAAGAGUCCCGCGGGGACGGUCAGAUGUAGAGAUUUGUACAUUUCUUCCAGUGAAAAGCGCAUUUUGAUUGUAAAUGUGGCAACUUGCUUUCCAUGUGUGCUGUUGAUUUUAUGCUAAUUAGUGACUCUGAGUGUUUUAAUUGUGUAAUUUAAUUGAUCAGAUGUGAUUCGAGGUCCACGGAAGUGUAAAUUUGACAAUUCGGACUCGACAGAUGAGGUUUUUUGGUGCUUCAAGAAGAGACUUUUUACUGUUUCUGUAAAAAAGUGUGUGUGUUUGUGUGUGUGUGUGAUCUCAUAAUGACUUUUGAUUGACAGUUUGAUUAUUUAUGUUGAUGAGCAAAGCCCUUCAUGCUUCUGUUGUUCGAUCAUAUUUUAUAUUGUUUUGUUUGUGUAACAGAAAUAAAAA